AUGUCUGGCGACGAAAGCAGCAGCAGCAGCAACAGCAGUGGCGAUGAGGGCAAGCGCACCAGACGCCGUGUCAGUGAAGAUCGUCCACCAAAGGACGUGAAACCAGCAGAGGCCACAGCCACCACGACUGGUGCCGAGGGUGAGGAUUCCACUUCCCGCGAUGCAAAGCCAGCAUCAGAGGCGCCCGCAGAGGCAUCGGCUCCUGCAGCCGCCAAGUCGCCAACACCGGAGCGUGCACGCCGUCGCCGACACACAAAGAAGGAGCGCGGUCGCAGGUCCGGCAGCUCUGGCUCAAGCGGCAGCAGCAGCAGCAGCAGCAGCAGUGGUAGCAGCAGCUCCUCGAGCGACAGUGACAGCGAUGGCGGAAAGAAGGAUGAGAAGCGGCGUCACCAGCGUCGCCGCAGUAAGCGCAGCAGCCGCAGCCGCAGCCGCAGCCGCAGCCGGUCGCCUCGCCACCGCCGCCAUCACCGCGGCUCAAAGGAACGCGCAGAGCCAGACCCUCAGGAGCUUGCUCGCAAGCGUGGCAAGACAAAGACAGAGCCCAACCCAAUCAUGACUCGCGCAGGUGGCGCGUACAUCCCGCCCGCCCGCCUGCGCGCAAUGCAGCAGAACAUCACAGACAAGAGCUCCAAGGAGUAUCAACGCCUCGCGUGGCAGACGCUGCGAAAGCAGAUCAAUGGGUUCAUCAACAAAGUGAACGUGUCGAACAUUCAGUCGAUUGUCGUUGAUCUCUUUGGCGCCAAUCUCGUCCGCGGUCGCGGCCUCUUUGCUCGAUCCUGCAUGAAGGCGCAAGCCUCGUCGCCCACGUUCACGCACGUGUACGCGGGGCUCGUUGCUGUCGUGAACACGAAGCUGCCGUCUGUCGGGAAACUUAUCCUGUCGCGUCUGGUGCUGCAGUUUCGCAAGCGCUACCGUCUCAACGACAAGCUCACCUGCCUCAACACAGCACGCUUCAUUGCACACCUCAUCAACCAGCAGGUUGCGCACGAGAUUCUUGCGCUUGAGAUCCUUGCGCUGCUGCUGGAGCACGCCACCGACGACAGCAUCGAGGUUGCUGUUGCGUUUCUGAAGGAGGUUGGGCAGUACCUGAACGACGUUGCCCCGCGCGGGCUCAACUCCACCUUUGAUGCUCUUCGCGACGUCCUCCACCAGGGGCAGAUUUCGAAGCGCACGCAGUACAUGAUCGAGGUGAUGUUUGCUGUGCGGAAGGACGGCUUCAAGGACCACCCGAUUGUGCCGGAGGGCCUUGAUCUGGUGGAAGAGUCGGACCAGAUCACCCACCUCAUCUCCCUCGAUGACGAGAUUGAUCCCCAGUCAAAGAUUGACGUCUUCCAGUACGACCCACAGUACGAGGAGAACGAGAGCAAAUACGCCGCAAUCAAGCGGGAGAUUCUUGGGGAUGAGAGCUCUGGGGAGAGCAGCAGUGGUGAUGAGUCAUCAAGCGACGAGGACGAGGAUGAGGAGGAAGAAGCAGCGCAGACGGCAGCCGGUGGUGAGGGCGGACAGGCGAUUAUGGACAUGACGGGCACGGAUCUCGUUGCCUUCCGCCGCACGGUGUACCUGACCAUCAUGUCGUCCAUCAACUACGAGGAGGCUGCACACAAGCUCAUGAAGCUCAACCUGCCCCCGGGCCACGAGUCUGAGCUGUGCAACAUGGUGAUUGAGUGCUGCAGCCAGGAGCGGUCAUACCUGAAGAUGUACGGCCUCCUCGCUGAGCGCCUCUGCUUGCUUCGCCGCGAAUACCAGGAUGCAUACGUCGCCGCUUUCGCCGACCAGUAUGUGACGAUCCACCGACUGGAGACGAAGCCGCUGCGGCAGAUUGCCAAGCUGUUUGCGCACCUGCUGUACAUGGACGCCAUUCCCUGGACGGCGCUGGAGGUGAUCCACCUCAACGAACGCGAGACAACCUCGUCCAGUCGCAUCUUCAUCAAGGAGCUCUUCCUCGAGGUGUCAUCGGCAAUGGGCCUGGAGACGCUCAUUGCCCGCCUGCGCGACCCCACGCUGCAGCGCUCGCUCGCGGGCCUGUUCCCGCUGGACAGCCCGAAGGACACGCGGUUCUCGAUCAACUUUUUCACGACAAUUGGUCUCGGAGCGCUGACGGAUGACAUGCGCGAGGCGCUGAAGAACGCCCCAAAGCGGCUGAUGCAGGCCAAGACGGAGGAUGUGUCAUCGGAUGAGAGCAGCAGUGGCAGCAGCAGCAGCAGUGGCUCUUCUUCAUCCUCAUCGUCGUCAUCAUCGUCUGGUUCUGAUUCUGAUUCCGACUCCGGGUCGUCCUCCUCCUCCUCGUCCUCAUCAUCGAGUGGCAGCGACAGCGAUGAUGACCGUGACCGUCGUCGCGACCGUGGUCGUGAGAGGAGCGUGCGUCGCAGCAGUCCUCCCCGCUCCCCGCCACCGCGUGACCGCCGCAUCUCCGCUGGCUCCCGCGCCUCCAACCCGCCUCGCUCGUCCCCGCCACGCGACGCCAAGGCCCCCGCCCCACGCGACGCCAGCCCUCCACGCCACCAUGACACACGUGCCAGCCGUGAUGAGCGUGAUGAGCGUGAUCGCGAUCACGACACACGUGCCAGUCGUGGGGAUGAUGCAGCACGCGAGGAGCGACGGGUGCGCCGCACCCCACCGCGCUCCCCUGCUGACCGCCGCCGCCGCCCCCAAUACAGACGCCCAUCUCGUUCCCGCUCCCGUUCCCGUUCCCACUCUCGUGCUCGCUCUCGUCCCCGCUCGCGUUCGCGUUCGCGUUCGCCACGCCGCCGCCGCCGGUCGCCGCGCGCAUCGCGGACGAGUCGCAGCAGCCGCAGGUCCCGGUCCCCACUAGCCCGCCGCGACCGUGACCGCGAUCGUGAUCGUGAUCGUGAUCGUCGUCGUUCGCGCUCGCGCUCCCCACGAUACCGACGCCACACCCGCCGCCCGGAUAGCGACGAUGAGAACGACCGCAAGCGCGCCAAGUAG